GUGAACAGUUACAGAAUCACUGUCUUAGAUGAAUGUAUUCACUGAACAUUGUCGUGGAUUUUACUUACAAACUACAAGUUUUAUGUGGACUAAGCAAUGGAAAGCUGGUCUAAUCCAGCAUGUAGGCCUUCCGAGGGUCUGGCCAUGAACACGGUACCAAGAGAAGGGUGUGAUGAUUACACGGGGCAACCCGAACUGUACACGAGAACUAGUUGGGUCGAUGCUCAACUUGCUUACCGACAGAUUAAAAAGGGGAAAGCCCAAGGAAACACGUGUGCUUUGUGGUUAAGAUUACAUUUACAAAAAUACUUAUAUAGUACUGGGUGCUUUAUUCAGUUACAUUGUGGAAAACUUGUAUUUGUUGGAAUACUCUUGUUAUCUUUGUGUUGUGUUGGAUUAAAAACAGGGACUAUUGAAACAAAUGUUGAGGAGCUAUGGGUGCAAGAAGGUGGAAGGUUAGAAAAAGAAUUAGAAUAUACAAGAAAAACAAUAGGAGAAGGAAGUGGGACAUCCAAUGAAAUUAUUAUACAAAUGCCAAAGAAAGGAACUAAUAUAUUAACAAAAGAAUCUUUAUUGACACAUUUAGAUGCUGUAAUAGCAGCCACAAAAAUAAGGGUUGUAGUUGAUGGCCAAACAUGGACAUUUUCUGAUCUGUGUUAUGCUGCCAGCUUCCAAACCACUGAAAAUAAUUUUUUUGAUUGGAUGUUAGAGAGAAUAUUACCAUGCAUUGUGAUUUCUCCGUUAGAUUGUUUUUGGGAAGGGUCAAAAAUUUUAGGACCUGAAGAUCCUCUUAGUACUGGAGGAUUUGCAGGUAUUCCUGAUGAUUUAACAUGGAUGAACCUGAAUCCCCAAAAAUUAAUCCAAAAUCUCCCAGAUGCUUUCCCUGUAGAAUAUAUGAAUGAAUCUUUUAAAAGGGCAGGCAUUACAACAGCUUAUCAAAAGAAAUAUUGUCUGGACCCAUCAGAUCCAGAUUGUCCCAUCACUGCACCAAAUAAACACUCAGGAGAGAUUCCUGAUGUAGCUGCAGUUUUAACCAAUGGUUGCAAUGGGUUUGCUACCAAGUAUAUGCAUUGGGAUGAAGAUCUUAUUGUUGGCGGUGUCCGUAAAAACAAAACUGGACAUAUUGUAGGGGCUGAAGCAGUACAAUCUAUUGUACAGUUAAUGGGAGAAAAAGGUUUAUAUGAAUAUCAUCAAGAUACUACCAAAGUUCAAAGUAUCAGAUGGAGUCGAGCUAAAGCCAAAGAAAUUUUAGAAACUUGGCAAAGAAAUUUUUCACAGAUUAUCAAUAAAUUUGGGAAUGAUUCUUUUCAAGAUAAUAUAUACGCCUUCUCCUACACCUCAUUACUUGAUAUUAUUAAAGAUUUCUCUAGUAUUAGUGUGGUGCGUGUUGUUAUGGGAUAUGUUCUUAUGUUUGUUUAUGCUCUAUUAUCAUUAUUAAAAUGGAACGAUGCUGUCAAUUCGCAGAGUGGUAUUGGAAUGGCAGGAGUGUUGUUAGUAUCAUUAUCUGUGGCAGCAGGUUUAGGUAUCUGUUCUGUUCUAAAUAUCAAAUUCAAUGCUUCAACAACACAGAUUAUUCCUUUCUUGGCUCUGGGUCUUGGAGUGGAUGACAUGUUUCUUAUUGCUCAUACAUAUGCUGAGCAUGCCAAGGAUAUUCCCUUUCCUUACCAAACCGGAGAAUGUUUAAAAAGAACUGGAGUUACAGUUUUACUAACGUCACUUAGUAAUAUGUUAGCAUUCUUUACAGCUGCCAUCAUACCUAUACCAGCUUUACGUGCAUUUUCCUUACAAGCAGCCCUCUUGGUAUUUUUCAACAUGGGUUCAGUACUACUUAUAUUUCCUGCCAUUGUUAGUUUAGAUCUUGUCAGAAGAGAAGACAAGAGAUUAGAUGUUUUAUGUUGUUUUCAAAGCUUUGGCGCCACAGAAGUUAUAGAACUCCAACCUCGUACAUGUGAUGUGGAGGAAGAUAUGGAACAAGGUCGACCUCCAUGUUACAGCCCACCACCAAGUUACAAUGCUGCUGUUUUGCAUGACACUGUGGCACGUUCAUCAGCAGACGGCUCUCAUGCAAUUACAGAACUGGCUUCAAAUGAAGGAAACUUUGUAGUGAGAAAUCCUAAUGCAGCAACAGGUUGUCCAUCAACAACGUCUUCUCGUCAAUGUUUGACGCCAGAAGAAAGUGUUACAUGUAAAGAAAGAUGUGUCAAAGCUCAGAGAGAAUGUUUAAGUUGGUCAUUAACAUGUUUAGCUACAAACUAUUAUGGACCUUUCCUACAAAAAACACCAGUAAAGGUGUUUGUAAUGGUGUUCUUCUUCAUAUUCUUUAUAAUUGGAAUAUGGGGAACAGCUCAAGUUAAAGAUGGUUUAGAUCUGACAGAUAUUGUACCCAGAGAUACUCAACAAUUUAAAUUUCUGGAGGCACAAUCAAAAUAUUUUGGAUUUUACAAUAUGUAUGCUGUAACUCAGGGAAACUUUGACUAUGCCAAGAAACAAGAUUUAUUAGAUAAAUAUCAUGACAAAUUUCAUCAAGUGACACAAAUCAUCAAGAGAGAGGAUGGCACUCUACCCACAUUCUGGUUAGACAUUUUCAGACAGUGGUUGCUAGAUCUUCAGAAAUCUUUUGAUGAUGAUGUGACACAUGGUUGCAUUGUUAAAGAUAAAUGGUAUCACAAUGCAACAGAUGAUGGCAUCUUAGCCUAUAAAUUAUUAGUACAAACAGGGAAUUUAGAUAGACCCAAUGAUAAGGAAAUGAUUUUUAAGAAUCGUCUAGUCAAUGAGAAAGGGAUUAUUAAUCCUGAUGCUUUCUAUAACUACCUCACAGCCUGGGCUGCAACUGAUGUUAUUGCUUACACCUCCUCCAUGGCUGACUUUAAACCCGAACCUAACUCAUGGCUUCAUGACCCGUCUGAUAAUGAUUUAAUGGUACCAAAGUCACAGCCUUUGAUUUAUACUCAGAUUCCUUUUUAUCUUACUAACCUGUCUAAUACAGAAGAAAUAAUAUCUUUAAUAACUGAAAUUCGAUCUAUAUGUGAUAUGUUUUCCGAAGAGGGUUUACCAAACUAUCCUAGUGGGGUUCCCUUUACAUUCUGGGAACAGUAUAUCAACCUACGUUUCUAUAUGAUGUGGGCUAUUAUCUGUGUUUUACUGGUCACUUUCUUUGUAAUUACCAUCACUCUGAUGAACCCUUGGUUAGCUUUUAUAGUGGUAGUAACACUGAGUUCCAUCUUGGUGGAGUUAUUUGGUUUUAUGGGUAUUGUUGGCAUCAAGCUCAGUGCUGUUCCUGCAGUAAUUCUGAUAAUGACUGUUGGAAUUGGUAUAGAAUUCACACUACAUAUGUCAGUGGGUUUUAUAACUGGUAUUGGUAACAGAAAUCGUAGAAUGAUGUUGUCAUUACAGCAUACCUUUGCUCCAGUUAUUCAUGGUGCUAUUUCUACUUUACUUGGAAUUAUUAUGUUAGUAGGAGCGGAGUUUGACUUUAUUGUCAAGUAUUUUUUCAAUGUGUUAACAGCUUUAAUUGUAAUCGGCCUAAUGAAUGGUUUGAUUCUACUUCCUGUAUUAUUAUCUAUACUUGGACCAAAUGGAGAGGUUAUCCCAAAAGACAACCCAAAUAGACUCGCAACACCAUCCCCAGAGCCAUCACCAAAAAUAAGAGCUAAACAUCACAAAACGGGUGGAAGGCGCAUUUAUCCAAGAAGAAUGUCUGAUUUAUCGUUGUCAACAAUACCAGAAGAAUCUACACAAUAUCCAUCUCAUGAGAUUAUCGUACAGCCAGAGGUUGUCGUGGAAACUACCAUGGGUCCAAAUGGUAGUCAGACAACAACAACAACAACGACUAUACCCUCUAGUACAACUGUUAACAGUAAUCCCCAGUAUAAAAAUAGUUCCCCUCCUUCCCCGUCAUCAUCACGACACGUAACCAGGGUAACAGCUACAGCAACAGUAAAAGUAGAAGUUCACACACCUUUACCAGGUUCAGUGAAUCAAGAACACAGUUUUAAAAGUAAACGAAGAAAGUUGAGAGAAAAAGAAAAACUUGAGCCUGAACCAGUAGAAAGUUGUAAUUCAGACUCAGAUGGAAGUAACAAAUCAUAAUAUAUUGUUAAUAAAUAUUCUCCAAAGUGCCAAUGGUAUUCAUAUAUACCUUCCAUCACAAUGUAUUACUGUAUAUUAUGUGACUGCAAAACGGCAGCUGAAGCCAAAGACAUUGUAGUUUAUCUACUAUAAAAUGCUGUUCGAACGGUGUGAUAGAGACACACAACAUAUGGGCACUGGAUAUAAUGUUACAUGUUUAUGUGCAGAAGAUAAAUGGCAGCUAUUUGAGAGACUCUGUGAAAGAAAUCAGUAUGGUUGUUUCAAGGAAUUCUAUAUCAUGCAAGAGAUGUAUAUUUAUGAUACGUACCAUUACAGAAUUUCACUCCUGAAUGGAUUGUGGUUUCGACUUGAUUCAUGGAUGUUCAUUGGCUGAUAUUGAUAUCACUAAAAGUGCUUUAAGUGGGAGACUCUCAUUGGCCAGUAUGUUAUAUUGUGAUGUAGUAUAUAAAUAUAUUUAUGAUAAUUUGGUGCAUAUUUUUCUCUUCUUGUGCUAUAAAAGAUGAAGAGACUAUGUUACAAACUUACCUGUCAUGAAGUAAAGACAUAGCCCAUUAUAUGAAUAAAAACUAACCCGUGCAAAUUGUGAUAUUUAUUAAUGAAACCCAAAGGCAUUUAACAGAAAAAAGGACAUUUGUAUCAGUAUGUUGCUGUGUACUGGUAUGGUCUAUUUGGCAUGAACUUUUACUGUGAACACCAAAAUACAGAGAGAAUGUUCACAAAGGACUAAUAUUUUUAGUUAUUUGUCAUUUACGGGUAACCUGUGGGUUUGUGAGAGAUGUGCUUGUGUGCAAGAGAUAUGAUGUAUGUUUUUGUUAUAUGUCCAGGGUCUUAUAUUAAAACAUUUUAGUCAAUAGUUAUAAAAUUCACUCAAAAAUCCUUUAUUUAUUGAUAUGUUAUUUUAUUUUUUUUUUCACCAUUUUUUAUUUUUCAAUGUCCACGGUCGAUAUUGGAAAAUACAAAAUGGUGCUCCAAUAUGAUGCUCUGUUUAUGAAAUCUAGUUUAUACCAAACUAAAAAAUGGACUAAUAUUAACUACCUCAAGUAUUUACCCUUAAAUGAAUUGUAGUCUUUUCACCAUUACUCUUAAUUUUGUGUAUAAAUGUAAUGAACAAUGUACUUAAUUAGGGCAAAAAAAAAAUAUAUUAAAUGUUUCAAAUAUUCUCCCUGUUUUUCACUUACAUGUAAUUAAUGUUUAUUUAUAUUUAGAUUAAUCAUGAAAUAAUCAAUUUAAGCAAAAAUCAGAGCAUCAUGAUUGUUGCACAUAUUAUUUUUUUUCUUUUGAAGUUUUGAAAUGAAGAUGUAUUUUAUUAUUUGUGAAUAUGUAAACUAUUGUAAGUAGUAAAAUAAAAAUGUUUUAUCUAAUAUAAUAUUUGUACAAAGGAAACAGAUGUAUAUAUUGUUAUAAUGUCAAUUAAAAUGCAAAAUGAAAGCCAGAAACCAACUGCAAUGAAUCUUGAUUCAGAGCCAACCUUUUUUCAUUCAUUCUAUAAGGCUUCAGUUCUUUUUAAGCGGGUAAUCUUUUAUUAUGAAUAUUAAAUUAACUUUACUUCAGAUUGUCCAUUUAUUCUGCCAAAAUUCAAACGGUGCAUACUUAUAUUAUGGAUGUAAUAAUACAUAACAGUAGGCCUAGUAGUUUAAGAUUUAUCAUAUUAUUGUAAGUUUGUUUUUUUUUAAAUAAGAAAAAAUAAUUCAAUGUACCAUUACCUCAAAGAGAGUUUAUAUCUUAUAAAGAGAUACCAAACCUUUUGUAUUAUAAUGUACUAUUUAAUAUCUGUUUUUAAACUGCCUUAAAGCUUAAUACCAAAGAUAUUCAGUCCGUUUUAACAAAGCCUUCUAAUAUUUUGUUUUUCUAGAUAGAAACUAAAUUUAUUUUAUGGUUCUCUUUUUUUUUUCUUUUUCUUGAUUUAUCACUGGUUUGUAAAAGUUAAAAAAUUUGUUAGGUCAAAAGAUUUUAAGAUAUUUUCAUAUUUCACACAAUUUAAGACAAAAUUUAUAAAAUUAUUAUUUUACUCACCUAGAGAACAAUAUCAAAAAUUCAUUAUUUUUACCUUUAGUCAUUUAUGGAUGGUGCAAGGUAUCUGAAUUGUAAAGUAAAGAAAGCCUGUAGUGUAAUAUAUAUGAAACCAGUGAUAAACUACAAUGCCAAAUAAUGGUCCCAUUUUCGUCCUAUAAACCUCAGGGUAUAGUGCUUUCUGUUAUUUGUUUUAUUGGUUUAUUAAGUAUGUAGAUUUCCCUGGCUUACAUUUCAUAUUAUGUAUAUGUAGAUUUUUAGUUAUUUAUGUUUGGGGUAAUAUGUCAAUAUUUCUUUUUUCAAUCAGGGGCAGGGUGAAAGAAAAAAAAAAUCAUUCAAUAACCCAUGAACAAGGACAUUCAUUAAAUUGUAACCUAUAUUAAAAUCCUAAGCACUGUAUUUAUUCAUUUUCUGGUCCCAGCAUUUUGACAAUUAAAAAAAUGAUUUUAGUAAAUAUCAUUCUCAAAAUAUUAAAAAAAAAAACCCAAAAAACCCAAUAUUCAGUUAGUAUUCGGCUAAGCUAAUUGUAACAAUAGUGUGAUGUUCAAAGACAUAAUUUUUAACGAAUUCACAGUAAUGGGAUGGGUUAUAGGGGAAAUUCUUGUAUAUGGUGAGUUUAAAGAUGUGAUAAGCCAAGGUGUAUAAUACUCGUUAAAUCUUGUACAGUGUAGAAUAUAGUAUGUGUAUGGUGUUAAAUAAAACCCUGAUUUAAAGAGAAAAGUACAGGGCUAUAAAUUGUCUAUUGAGUAUAAUAAAUAAAAUAUAAAACUAU